CUAUGUUCCCUCAGAAAGCUUGUCAAAGGGAGAAGGAGCUAAAUAAAUCCCAGUGUUUGAUUUUAGUACUCAGACACAUGUAAAAAGCCAGAAACGAAACAGCAAUGUAAAAGACACAGUGACUCAAAAAAAAAAAUUUUUUUUUGCUGGCAGACAAUUUGUUGCCUGUUUACAGCAGGGAGUAAACAGCAGCGUUCUGUGCUCAGGUGCAUUAAAAAAGUGGUUAGAUGAAGAGGAAAUACUGCUUGGCUCAAGCUGCAGAGAUAAAAAUCAUCUCCCUUCUCCUUUGGUGUUACUUAUUUACUUUACUUUUUUUUGUUAGAAAAAGUGUUUAAAAUUUACUUCUGUGGAAGACAAUAAGUAAUCAUAGCUGUUAACUCUCUGUUAGGUCAGUAACCUAGUGGUGAGAAACAGAAUGUGCGGUCUUUGUUUCCGAUGGAGUUUUGCUAGCAGGGAAAAAUGUGAAGUUCACGGGCUGCUGCUGGCAGGGAUCCCAGUGUGUCCAUGCUGGAGAGAGGGGGAAGGGAGAGCGAGAGAACAGGAGCCAGUUCCUGCCUGCUUUCACCCCCACACCUUUUAGAGAAUCAGGACUGCUCAGCACAUCCAGGAGCAAGAGGGAUUUCGGAACAAGAAUAACUGAGAAGAGGGUUUGUUUUCCACGUUGUUAAAAGGGGAUGGCCGUUUUUAUUAGUCCUGAUGAUCAUUGUGGUUUACUGGCUUACAGAGGGAAUUACUGCCUGAUGAAUUCUUGGAUUUCUAAUUUAUAUGACUGACUAUGUACCUGUUUCAUAAAAAGGAAAAUGAUGAAGUUUACCAGGGAAAACAAGGGAGAUACUUAAACAUUUGGAUAAUUUUAUGCCUGUUUUCAAGAACCUGUAUAUCAAGUCCUUCCAAACCUAACUUUGUAUUGAUACUGGCUGAUGACCUUGGUAUUGGGGAUGUGGGUUGCUAUGGCAAUGAUACAAUAAGGACCCCUAACAUUGAUGGCCUGGCAAAGGAUGGAGUGAGACUUACUCAGCACAUCGCUGCAGCAGCUGUCUGUACUCCAAGCAGAGCCGCUUUCCUGACUGGCAGAUACCCUAUCAGAUCAGGCAUGGCAUCCAGCACUCAACGGCAGGUUCUCUUCUGGAAUGGUGGUUCGGGGGGGCUCCCACCAAAUGAAACUACUUUUGCUAGAAUACUCUACCAGCAAGGUUAUUCUACAGCACUUGUAGGAAAGUGGCAUAUGGGUGUGAACUGCAAAACCCGCCGUGAUCACUGCCACCAUCCUUUAAAUCAUGGUUUUGAUUAUUUUUAUGGUAUGCCUUUUACCCUUCUCAAUGAGUGUCAAGGCACAGAUGACCCUGAAUUGGCCAAGUCUUUGCAGGAUACAUAUUGGUUUUACACUCAGAUGAUCAUCUUUGCAGUAUUUACUCUUGUGAUUGGAAAACUUGCCAAUUUAUUCCCACUAAAAUGGAAAAUAAUCAUCUGUCUGGCCAUCUGUGGUCUCCUAUAUUUCAUCUCCUGGUUCUCCAGCUAUGGUUUCACCAAGUACUGGAACUGCAUCCUGAUGAGAAACCAUGAUAUCACUGAACAACCAAUGAACCUACAAAAAACUACUUCUAAUAUGCUGAAGGAGGCAAUAACAUUCAUUGAAAGAAACAAGCAUAGACCAUUUCUUCUCUUUGUUUCCCUUUUACAUGUUCAUACCCCUCUCAUUACCACAGAGAAGUUUCAGGGAAGAAGCAGGCAUGGCCUGUAUGGAGAUAAUGUAGAGGAGAUGGACUGGAUGGUGGGCAGGCUUCUGGAUGUUAUUGACAAAGAGGACUUGAAGAAUACCACAUUCAUUUAUUUUGCAUCUGAUAAUGGAGGAUUCUUAGAGGCUCGCAGAGGAAAUUCUCAGUUGGGUGGAUGGAAUGGGAUAUAUAAAGGUGGAAAAGGAAUGGGAGGCUGGGAAGGAGGAAUCCGUGUUCCAGGUAUAGUUAGAUGGCCAGGAGUGUUGCCUGCGGGGACAGUUAUCGAUGAACCUACAAGCCUUAUGGACAUUUAUCCCACAGUAAUUCAACUGGCUGGAGGGGCAGUGCCUCAGGACAGGGUCGUGGAUGGGCACACCUUGCUGCCCCUGCUGCAGGGGACAGAGCAGCACUCCAGGCAUGAGUUCCUGUUCCACUACUGCGGGGUGUUCCUGCAUGCAGUGCGCUGGCACCAGAAGGACAGUGGCACCGUAUGGAAAGCUCAUUAUGCUACUCCAGUAUUUCAGCCAGAAGCCUCUGGGGCCUGUUUCAGAAGAGGAAUUUGUCCGUGUUUCGGGGAUGGUGUAACCCAUCAUGACCCUCCACUGCUGUUCAAUCUCUCACAAGAUCCGUCUGAGGCAAAUCCUCUAUCAGCUGACACUGAGCCCUUGUUUGACGCUGUAGUGAGGAGAAUAAGAAGAGCUGUGGCAGAGCAUUGCAAGACUCUGACUCCAGUCCCACAACAGCUGUCUCCUUACAAUAAUAUAUGGAAGCCAUGGCUGCAGCCAUGCUGUGGGACGUUCCCGUUCUGUGGGUGUCAUGAAGAAAAUAACAAAGCAUAGUCUAAUACCAAAGCCAAAUUUAAAGAAAUUGAUGAUUUUUCACAUUCACAUGACUACGGUCAUAGAGAGAUUAAAGGUUAAAUUAUACUGGGAUAAUUAAAAGGGACAUUAGUGAUUGUUUUUUUCAACCUUUUCUCUUAUCCACGGAAAUUAAGUAAGGCUGUGGUUUAAAAAAAAAAUUAGGGGUCAUCUGUAUAAUCUAUCCCUCUCAGGAUUAAAUACCUAAUAAAUGAAUCAAAAUUUAUUUUCUUACUGACUUACAAUUCAAGCAAAUGAUGACAGAUAAAAAAGCAAAUUUUCAAUAGCAACUGUCUUUAUAGGAAAUAUGCUUGUUGAGAGAACAGGACUGAGCCCAAGAGGGUAUCCCUAUUCAGGCCUUUUGUUUUUAAUGAAAAUUAACCUUUUGUACCAAAACGAAAGGAUUAUGACAAUGAAAAAAUAAUGAAAUAUAAAACUGCACAUUUAAUUUGGAAAUAUACCAAAAUGCAUUGGCCUCUUAGAAAUAAGCACCUAUUAAAAUACAGCAAUUUUUUGCCUCAUCAUCUGUACAUUGAUUUGUCUGUCAUGCAAGAUUUCCCUGGGAAAACUGAACUAACAAGGAUGUUUAAAAAUUAGAUAGCUUAAGUUAGCAUCUCAAGAGGAGUAGCAAAGUACGUAGCUAUUCUGAAAUUUUAAACCACAACAAUUCUGAUAUGGGUUUUCCAUGUAGUUAGGUCGUCUCACUUGUGAGAGCAUUGAAAAUCAUCACCCCGCUGCCUUGACAAGAUUGCAAAAUUUGGGACCUAUCUGUGAGACCACUUCAUAAGCCUGCAUGCCCUACUUGAGUGACAAUGACUCUGAUUUUAUAGGAAUGCCGUUACACCUCCUGAAAACUAUUCUUUUUUUAGUGAAAAAACACUAUGUUUACAGUAGGAGGUGUUAAAAAAAAAUUCACCUCACAGUCUCAUCACUUCUGUGUACAGGUCAUCUUCCCCAAGCCAAAGUGUCAGCAUUCUGUACAGUCAUUAGGGAAAAGGAGGGCAUUAAAAUACCUAAUCCUCUCUUGCUGCCCUUAGGUUAAAUAAAUUCGUCUCUCAAGAUAUAAUCCUAACCAUGCUCUUACAGGGAUUUUGUGUCAAAUCAGAUUUUCAAAUGGAGGUUCCUGUAUUUUUUCCUCCCCCAAAAAAGUAGAUUGUGGGCAAGAGACUCAGAUUCAAACUUCAAAGUCUCCCUGAACACUGUAUAUUCAAGUCCUACUAUACAGGUAAUGGUCACCCAGGCUUUAAAUAGUGUCAAGGGAUACUAUUUAGGAGCUGCAGAGCAGGUACUUCAGGUGACAUGUUUCCUUAAAGCUUGCUGUCUCAAGGAGCCACACCCAUGCAGCUCUUUUAAGGACCAAAGUUGCCUGUGUGUAAUUUUCUGUCUUUUAGAAACAGGAAGAGACAAGAAGAGCCAUAGCAAGUCUCUCUCUCAGCUCCUGAGCUGCCCCAGCAGAUCCCUUUCACCAGCUUUGGGACAGAAGAGAGUGAUGCCUGGAUUAUGCACCCUGUGCAGUGUUUCAGGGAACCUCCUGACUUACUAGUUAGGGGUGUGGUGAGUCACUGCUGUUUAAACAGCAUAGGUUGUGAUCAUGAUGCAGAACCAAAAGCAAGUCUCUAAAUAGCUAACCAGGCAGUUCUCCAGGUUAUUUGCCAUUUCACCUUUUCUCUAAAAGGUCACCAAGAAAGUUAUGUGGAAAACAUUCCACAUAAUUCAUAGGGCAUGCAUGAAAAUGAACUGAUUGGAUACCUCAAUGUCACACUUAAUAUAAAUAUCCAAAAAUAUGUUUGUUCUCACUUUUUGAUAGUGUUUAAAUUGACACUUCUCUGUGACUGACAGGGACUGAAACCAGAGCAGCUGCAUUUCACUGGAUUCAUGCAGUGAGAAAAGAGCAUAAAAGACCACACGUUUUAAAGCCAGUUUGGCUGAUUCAGAGAUGGAGGACAAAUCCUACUGCUCAGUGAGGAGCAAAGCCAAAAGCUGUCAAGCCAGUCAGUUCAGUAGCAUCUACAUUGUCAGUUAAGUACUUUGCUGACUUCCUCACUCACCCAUUCCAAUCAUUAGGUUAACUAUCAGGAAAAAGUUUUUCACACAGAAGGUGGUUGAGCAUUGGAACAGGUUCCCCAUGCAAGGGGUCACAGCACAAAGCCUGUCUCAGGCCCGUGGUGUGACUCUUAAGAUGUCCUGCACAGGGCCAGGAGGUGGACUCAGUGAUCCUGCUGGGUCCUUUCCAACUCAGCAUGUUCUAUGACUUAUACACAAGAACAUGCCCAGUCCCACACUAGGCCAUGAUGAGAGCACUUACUAGGGGGUGGGAUGGUGUUUAUGCACUCACUCAGCAUGCAAGCAUAGACCCAAACUUUAGGAAGCCAGACUAGGAAGGCUAGUACAUCAGCAUGACCCAGAACUCCAUCUCUAAACACACUGUGAAAAAAUCACCCUGUAUAAAUGCAAAAAUUAAACAUUUGUCUAACACCUCAUUCCUCUGAAAAUUAAAUUUGCUGAAUUGCUGUAUAGAGUCAGAUGUUAAGGAGUCACGUAGAUAUCAAUGUUGCCUUUCUGGCAUCCAAACAGAUAAUUUUAUCUUGGCUGGCAUCUGUGGAAAACCAGAGGCACUUUCAGGCAGGAGGAGGAAAAAAUUAGGGCUGGCAGUGUAGCAAACCAGCUUUUGUCAACUGUUAGGAGACCUCAGCCAGGCAUAGGGAAAAAAGCUAUUCCCACACAGAGAGGGAGGGGGCAGACAAUGCACACAGAGGAUCUGCAGGCAAGAAGGAGAGCAAAGUAAUGGGAAAUUGUGGAAUUGGAUACACACCACUUCAAAAAACAGGGGGGACAGGAGAGAAAACUAUUUUCACUCCUAAGUUCCCGUCACUGUCUAAAGCUAAAUGUAUCUUAAAAGGUACCAAUUUUGAAGAGACAGUGGUAAACAAGAAAAGGAGGUUAAUUAUUUUACGUGUUUCAUGCAGAUCCUAGCCAUGGAUUAGUUGCAAAUCUUUUUGUUUGUAUCUACUUUAACAAAGACAUGUAAGCUCUGCAGAAGCUGUUCUUCUGAUCUUCUGGCAGAUGUAUAUUCCCUGUAAAGCAGAUGAACCCAAUAUCACACGCAAGUUGUUCUCAUGAGCCCUUUCACAUAUAUGCACAUAAAAUGCACUUACAGGCAAAAACUGUCACAAAACCUUCUUGAAUAACGCUGGAAAGAAGAGACUCUUAAUUCAGUUCUGCACGUUUCAUCAUCUAUAAUGACAUUUUUCAAAAUAUAUUAAUAUAAGAAUAAAGCCUAAAUGGUAUGCUUUCUCCCUUCUUUUCUCAUGGUUUUCCCUUUGUAGGAAGGCACAAGGACUAUAUAAAAUGGCCCAUUAGGAAAACCUGAGACUACUGGUCAAUCUCCAAGCCAUACGAGAAUGUGCCUACACACGGUUUAAUAAAGUCACCAUAGAGAGGGAAGUAUUACUCUGUAACAAAUUAAGUUUGUUUUACUGAAAGAGCUGUGGUUGUACUGUGUAAAUGUUUGACAUUCAUGUUGUAUGAAGCUGACUUCCGCUUAACUCGUUUGAUCAUUAUUAAAUGACAUUUGGAAUUGUUGCAUUA